AUAAAUAUUAUAAAUAUGUUUAUAUGUUCGGAUUUAAUGGGUACCCAAACGGGUAUCGGGUAUUAACCGACCCUAACUCGAACUCACGGGUAUUAAAAAAUAGAAUCCAAUAAGGUUUUAUAGGCAAACCCGUACCCAACCCGAAUCCGGUUUUUUGGAUCAGGUUCCGGAUUGGAUAUUCGGGUAUGGUUUUUAUCUCCAGGCCUACUCUUUCGACUUUCUUAACUGGAUGUAGCAUUUUAGUGUAGUGCGUGUUCAUUGUAAAAUGAGCGGGAAAUUUUUCCCUCCUUAAAACCUAAAAAAGUUCUAUAGCUUUUAAAGGUUAAGUAUACAUAUGAAACAGUAAAAAACAAGAUUUGCAGAGAGAACGAAAUGAAAGGGAAUAAGAAGAUUAGUUCGAUCUUCGAUGUAUCUGCGUCUCAGGAGGUUUAUCUACAGAGAUGUGGCUUCGCCGUACCAGGUCAACCACCUCCAGAUUCCGAUCCCUCCGUCGGAGUCUCGCAGCCGCCGUUAAACGACGGAACCGCAUCUCACCCUGCGUCGUCCGAUGAUUCAGAGACGGAUAGUGUGAUAGGUUCGGGAUUUGAUGAGGAGGUUGCAGUGGAGAGUGAAGCGAUUCGAUUCGUCUCCCCGGUGGAAAGCACGGAGGAGGAGGAGAAUGCUACAGAUCCGACCGUCGAGGUCGCGGCGGAGAAGCUGAGGGAUGUUUCUAGAGAUGAUGAGAGGUUUGGGAAGAAGAAACUUAAGAUUCCUUUGAGGGAUGUUGUAAAAGCCAUAGUUAUGAAUUCGAAGAACACAGAGGAAGAAGAAGACGAAGACAAAGAGAUUGAGAAGAUGAGCUGCGUUCAAAUCCUCUUGCAAAAAGGAUUCAAAUUUUGAAGGUGAUCUCAAUGUUUUCCCCCAAAUCAGAACUGCUCUUAGAC